AUGGAAGUCUCAUUAGCAUUACAAACUGCUCUACAGCAUCUACUCGGCGAAGAAAGCGCAACGAACAAACGUCAAAAAUGCAGCCCUGCAUUUGCAUAUAUCGAUGAUUGGUCCAUCUCGGACCAGCUGCAGAUACUGCGCCAGCUUCUGUGUCAGCGUCCAGUCAAACCAGAGCUUCCUGUUUUCAUAUUGGACAGCAUUCGCACCGUCUACGAACAUAUUCAUGCGCAUCGCUCUCUGACGUUAGUCGAUACUCUCCAGCCCAAGAGAGUCGUAGAUACGCUCAACCAAGGACAGAUCAACCUGUUCUGCUGGCAAGGCGACAUUACGACUCUUUCUGGUGUAACUGCCAUUACGAAUGCUGCCAAUUCUCAGAUGCUCGGAUGUUUUCAGCCCAGCCAUCGCUGCAUUGACAAUACCAUACACUUCUGGGCCGGGCCCGCGCUACGCAAAGAAUGUUACGACCUAAUGUCACAAGGUUCCGCUACACUGCAGCCCGGCCACGCCGUUACCACGAGAGGUCACUGCCUGCCGGCGCCAUAUAUCAUACAUACAGUUGGUCCUCAGCUGCGAAGGGGAGAUCCACCCACUGACAUGCAGAGGAGCCAGCUUGCAGACUGUUACACGUCCAUGUUGCGGGAAGCGGACUUGCUGGUUACCACGAAUUCGAGAAAGGCCAUUGCGAUAUGCUGUAUAUCGACGGGCUUGUUCGCCUUUCCAUCCUCAGAAGCAUCUGAGAUCGCCGUCAAGACUACCUUGCGUUGGAUUGAGGAGCACAAUACCACUAUCACUGAUGUGAUUUUCAAUACAUUUUCCGAGGCAGAUACUAUCAUUUACCAGAAACUGUUAGGCACUGGCCAUUCGGAGCAGUCUGUGAUCCCAAGGCCGCUCGGUCAACCAGAAUCUCUAGGGCGUGCUCGUCAGUGGCUGCUGUCUGCAGAUGCCAUCCUCAUCAGUGCAGGAGCAGGCUUUUCGGCCUCUGACGGGCUAGACUAUACAUCACAAGCCCUCUUCUCGAAACAUUUCCCGGGCUUCAAGAAAUACGGAUUGACAACACUGUACAGUGUAUUUGGGUUCUCAGACUGGCCUACGGAACAAGACCGAUGGAGCUACUAUUUUACACAUCUAAACAUGAUCCAAUCGUGGCCUCGCUCUUCGGUAUACAGGACCCUAAUAUCUUGGCUGCGGAAUCGAGGCAUCAAGACCCACGUGAGGACCUCCAAUGCAGACGGACUCUUCCUCGCAAAUGGUUGGGAUGAGGACGCCCUGUCAACUCCCCAGGGCACUUACGCUGUCCUGCAAUGUCUGGCGAACUGUCGGCCAGACGCCACGACACCAUCCGCCCCCUUUUUGGAUGCUGCUAUUCCUUUCUUGGAUCCGAUCACGCAGCAUUUGGCGGCCCCCGAAAAGAUCCCGCUGUGCCGAUUUUGCAGGGGUAAGAUGAGUAUCUGUGUCCGGGCUGGGCAUUGGUUCAACGAGCGGCCGUUCGGUCGUGGGGAACAACAGUGGGAACAAUUCCAGGCGGACACGCGCGGACGAGGACAACGCCUCGUCAUUCUUGAGUUGGGCGUGGGACAGUCGACGCCGGGCGUCCUGAAGUGGCCUAAUGAGGACAUGGUUGAGGCAGACGAGGGCCAAACAAGGCUCGUGAGGUUUGGUCUGGGUCUUGAAGCCGCCGUGCCACUGGAACUCGAGGCGCAAGAACGCGCGACGUAUGUCGAUGGGGACAUCAAAGCGAGCAUCUCUGCUCUUUUCUCGUAA